GCUGUUGCGUCCUACGUUGCCGCGACGCGCGGUUACAUUUUGGGACAGUUGCGCGUCGCAGCAACGCAUGCUCUCGCGUCGGGUUCGGUGUCAGCUUUGCGGCGACGCGUUGACGCAGAAGUAUAAACGAGGCUUUAAGCGUGACCAAGCUGCCCGCCCGUUUGAUGCGCGGACGAGCACGCGUCGCUUCAGCAAUUCGCACGAUACUUCCCGUGAUGCAGCGCGCAAAACAUGUCUGACGAGGGGCCGAAUGCGCUCGGUUACUAUCUCAGCAAAGCUGUGGAGUUUGUGGACGAGCAUGUUCGGGUGGUUCGGACGAUCAGCACGGGUCUGGCAGUGGUCGGAAUCGUGAUCUUAGCCAGAAGCGUCAGGCUAACUACUAAAUUUACAAAUGCCUUAGAAAUACCUAACAAAUUUAUUGAAAAAAAUAUUAAACUUCGAGGGAGAAUACAUCAUGUAACAGAGAAUGGACUGGAAACAGAACACAUUCCUAUUAGCCUUCCUUUUAUUUCAACCCUGCAAAAAAAAAGGCAACAAGAUGGUCACCUGAUGAUUAGGUUGGCUGGCUUGCAAAUGACUGAUGAAGGGAGAGCCUGGUUAAGUGAGCAAGUAAAAGAUCCCCACGUUAUUUGGUUUCAACUUCUGAGAAGGGAGAAUUCUUUUAUAGAUUGCAUUGUGAGAUUAAAUAAGGGAUUAAUUUUCUCAAUCUGCCUAAAUGAAGAGAUUUUAAGGAAAGGUCUUGGGCGAACUAUUAAUAUUGAAGGCUUGCACUCUAAUCCCAAAUUGUACUGGAGGCUGCAGACAAAGUUGCUUAAAGCAGAAAUGAAAGCCCUAAAAAAAGGUAAAGGCAUCUGGAAAGAGCCAACUUUAUUGGAAAAAAUCUCAAAUAAUUUACAGAAUUCUAAGAUUUUGCACAAUUUCAAUCAUCUAAUUUUAUGGUUCAGGUCAUUGAGAAACAAGUAAGUUAAUAGCAUUCAGUUAAAGGGAUAUUUUGUAGACUAUACCAGAGAUCUAACUGGUUUUGAACUAGUGACGUGUUUAAGUUUAUCAUUACAAUAUCACAAAAUGUUAUCUUGGUUUAAGAUACAAAUAUCCAUUUGUAAUGUGCAAUAUGUUAUAUUUUGUCUUAUUGGUUUAUUCAGAAAUGGAAAUCUCUGUCUGAUAUUCUAAACUGUAUAUGGAUGUGCAACAAAUAAACAAAGCCUAUGCAAUGUACUACGUGAGCCCUGCUCUUUCACGUAGGAUUUUCCACUUAUGAUGAUCUUGUAAUGGAGGGAAAUCACAACUAACCAAGAACAAUGAUUUACAUGUCUAAUGAAGUAAAUCCGAAGCUUGCAUAACAUAUGUAAUCAACAGUAAGUCCAACUAAUUCAUUUGGAAAAAUAUCUAAGAGAUAUACUGAAGCACUGAGGGCCAUUUGCACUUCCUUCUUUUGUCACUUAAAGCAGAUGAUGUGGAUGAUGUUGCUUAUUGCAAAGUUGAAGUAUCUGGAAUUUAAAAUAAAUACUUUUUACAGAAAGGGAACUUUUUUUAAAGGAGAAUCUACAGCGGUGAAGAAAUCAGGGUAUGUGGCCUGAAUUUUUACUGAGCCAUCACUGAAUGUUGUAACCACCUCUAUCAUCAUUUGGUUUUCUGCUGCCUCUUCCCUCUCCAAGUCCUGGUUGUAGCCAGUGGUCCUCUCAGUGGAGAAGAUCACUGGCUGUCAGCUACCGACAUUAAAAGACCUGUUCAUUGCCAGAGCGAAGAAAAGAGUUGAUAAAAUUACUGCUGACUCUGCCCAGCCUAGCAGUCACCUAUUCAUCAAAUUGCCAUCAUGGGGACGCUACAAAUCCAUCACCAUCUGGGCUACAUGUCUUCUCUGAAGCUUCUUUCCUGUAGCUAUCCAGCUUCUCAACAAAGCUCACUCAGGUGUAAUAACUUAACUGCACCUGCACAGUUAAAUGGUCCUCUUAAAAGUUAAAAGACCCGUAAAAUGGUCUUUCCUGCUUUCCUUGUUCUGUUGAUAAUUAUUGAGUCUAUUCAUAUGUGGACAUUAAUUUAAAUUUGAUUAUUGACGAAUGCGCAUGUGACCAUUCUGCUAAUUGUUGUUUCCGCGUGGCUGUUUACACUGUUGUUUUGCAAAUUGCUGAUUGCUAUUGUGUUUGUCUGUUAUGGUAUUAUCCUGUGUUUUACACUUGGGCACUGAACCACAAUCAAUUCUAUUAUGUUUCACAUACUGGCAAUAAAGUGAUUCUGAU